GUACUACUUGUUUUGUUUUUUUUCGGCUGUCUGCCCUGCCGGACAGCUGAGUACCCAGUGUGCGGCUGAUGACACAGAGCGGUCGGCGCACGGCUCGCGCAGCUGGCACGGUACGUAUAAAGCAAAUCGCGCACCAUCUUUGUGUGCGACGCAUGUCUAUGUAGCGAAUCUCUCUCUCCACGCACUUCACAUGUUCUGGAUGACAGCCAGGGCGCCAGAUGCGCCCAGACCACGCGCCAAACGCGCGCCAACAUGAAAGUAAUGUACUCAUGGAAGUGCCAUUUCUUCUUGAUGUGUCUGGGAUCCCAUGCAUUUUUCCUCACGGUAACUUCAGGUCUGGGGCGCCCGCAGCAACUCACUCGUCAGGGACGGGGGCAGAUUUGCACGAAUGGGGAGGAAACAACUAAGAGUCCAGACACGCCCAGUAUUUGGGGUGAUGGCUGGGCCACUGGUUCGACAAACGCUCCCGAGAACAGCUCCCGAGCCCGAACACCAGUAGACAGCCAGGGGCCCAACCCAUGAGGGCGAGUUAAAUACUUGCCCUUGAAAAAAAAACACGUGGGAGCCACUUGGAACUCCUGGCGAGUGGACCGAGGGCCUCGGCCCCAAGGGAAAUGGUCGCAGACGUCCCGCAGAAGGAGCAAAACAAAAGCGGGCCUGAACCCUCAGAGGACACGGGGAAAGAAGAGGAGGAGGUGGAGGAGGAGGAAAAAGAAGAAGAGGAAGAGGAAGAGGAAGACGCAAGCCCAAUGAAUUCCGCCGGAGAAACGAGGGAGCCACGAGUAAAGAUGGAAAGCGCGGCAAUUCCUUUAGCCGCGUUGGGUGUCACCCUCAAGUUUACUAGGGGAUCCCCGGCGCCGGAAACGCUUGCCACUCCGAGCUCUGGAGCCUCUGGCCUACCGGAAACGAUAGCCACUGGACGCGAUGCGCUACUAGCUGCUGCAGUGGCCGAAGGGUCCUCCCGCGGCGGGGCAGACCCAGGCCCCAAAUUACUAGACGACCGAGGGUCACUGCCGCAGCGAAGGCUACCGCGAUGGCCUCUUCCCAAGCCGGUGAGAGGGAGGAGGGAGAGAAGGAGGAGGAGGAGGAGCCGGCAGAGGCAGCAGCCACAAGCUUCUGCAGCGGGGAGGGCGCGCAGACCGUGCGCUCAAGACGCUGCUUGGCCUCGUCAGUGCUAGCAAUGGCUGAACAAAAGGCGCAAGGGCGGCAGCGGGCAAGAACGAACGAACGAGUCACCACUGCGGACAGCUGUCCUGGCCUAUUCAAAACCGAAGCCGUGGCCUCCUGAAACCUGUACGUAUAGCCAGGCCCCAACCACACCGACGACUUCGAGAGCUGCAUCAGACUUUACCCAACCGCUUCGCCAACACCGUCUUCCGCAUCCGCAGAGCGGCACGCAAGCUCCACAAGGCAGAUGCUCACCGACACAAUGGCGCUAGUGAGCUCUAGCUUGCUGAAGUCGUCGGGGACGGUUGUCAGCAGUCGGUCUCCAUCCGCAACCUUGCGCAGGGCAACAGAGGUGAGCUCCUGGGCCAUGAUGCGCAGGAGCAGGUGCAGCUUCCUCCGGAGGAUCACCAGCCUCUGAGAUGCCCAGGAAACUGCGCGCCCUCUUGGACGUAGCUCCAUGGGAAGAUCGCGAAGAUUUCGGAACUCCCAGGAACGAUCUGGAAUCAUCCCCCAUUUCCUUCGACACGCUUCCGACAGACUUGUCCCCGCCAGUCAGUCGACCUCCUCCUCCUCCUCCCCUGAAGACGCCAGGAAGGACAAGGCCUGCUCACGCCAUGUAGUGCCCACUGCCGCUGGCAGCGCUGUAGUCACCUGGAGUCGUUUGCAAUGCUUUCUCUGGAGCACCAACCACACCAGUGGACGCUUGCUCUGUGGGGUUCUCGCCGCGGGCCCUGCGCGCAGCGCCCAGCGGUCGUCCGUCGCGCUAAACCUCCACCCUGGCCGCCUGGACUGUGGCUCGUAGGGCGGCCGCGCUCGCCAGACAGCCCGCCUUCGCCAUAGCCUCGACCAGCACGGUGACCCCGUACUUCUUAUGAUGUUUCUUCAACCCCGCGGCAACGAGGAGCCGAAGCUGCGCUUGAACUGCACCUCCUGACUGGUCGUCGCCAGCGGUGGGGGGCUCAGGGGCGGCCGAAGCUUCACGAAGAGCUCGGCCCACGCAGAGGAAGAAACAGUCUCCUCCACCCCCGGAUUCCACGCCCUUGACAAAUGUCCGCCCAUGUAGUUUUCACCGCGCGGCGGGCGCGCUGCUGGGGGGCGUCGUCCGCUGACGUUCCCAGCUGGCGGCCCCCCACUGGCGCUGCGUGAGGACCCCCGCCAGGCGCCUCUCCAGCUGCGGCUGUGCCAGGCUGGGUCGGUGCCAUGUCCUCGUCGGCCCGCUGCGCGGGUGGGAAGCCCGCGCGCGGCUGCGCGGCCCCCCAGGAAGAGGCAGGCUGAGAAGCAGGAUCAUGCUUUUGGUCGCCCGCGCUGUUGUUGUCACCGAGAUGCCGCUGGCGAAAGCGUAGACCCUGUCAGCGCCCGCGCGGCCUGCCGCCAAGUCAGCUCCGAAGAAUCAACGCUGGCGCCCAGCACUGCGCGCCUUGCUGGUGUUGGUGAAACCACGCUGCUUGGCCCACUCCUCAAGAUCCUUGGGCCCAUCCAAGAAUCUGGCGUAUUCACUGCGCACCACCUGGGGAGGAUGUCAGUCGCCAGGGCCUGAUCCGAAAAAACUCCAAAAAGGCGCAUCUUCUGAUGGGCGGUAACAAAGGCGCCCUGUCACUGUCUGAGCACUCGUCGUAACACGGGUAAUGUAUGCUUCGGCAGGUUCGUCGUCUCGCUGCUUGGACCACCGCGGUGCUAACAUGGAGCCCUGGAGGUUCAAAAAUACCCCCCGCGGGAGCUCGAACUGCAUGAAUCGUUCCAGGGAGAAUUUCUUCAGAAUGAGCAAGCAGGUGGGCUCGCUCCCAUAGUUGAGUGCACCCUUGACGUUCAGCACGUGCUUCUGGCGGUCCGCGUUAAAGAUGAGCGCCGCCAGCGUCACUGGACGCUGGGCAGCGCGUGCGGAGAGAUCAUCUGCAGCAUAGCCCCGCGCCAGUGUGAGUCUCACCUGCACAGUCUCCAGGGACACCGUCGUCUCGAUGGGUUUGUCAUCCGUCACCCCAGCAGGAAGACCCACCCGCUGCGGCGGAGAUGCGCCCAGCUCCAGGAAGAGGCACCGCUGGGUCGCCGCGCCCUUGUCCUGGGGGGGGCCUUCACCAGCAAGUAUCCGAAGGCUGAGCCCUCCAGGACGCGCUGCACAUUGAAGAUGAGGAUGGUGGCCGAGCGCUCGGCGCCGCCCAGGGCGUCCAGCCACCUGCGCGUAGCAUCAUACUCCUUCUCAUUCUGGCACACAAUGAGUGGAGGACGCUCGUAGUUACAGUCUUGCAGCCUCUUCGCGGACCAGAUUGGGCAGCCUGCACCCCAUUGGCUCUUGACUACCUUGAUGUCCUUCUGCUGCUGCUGCGGUUGCUUCUGCUGUUGCUGCUGUUGCUUCACGGCGGGUCUGCCGAGGAGCUGCUGUAGCUUCUCGCGCAACUGCUCGUUCGUGGGCUGCUAGCCCGUCUCAUCGACCUUCUUGAUCAACUCUCUGGCGUCUUCCAACAGCUUGGGACCCCGCUGAUGCUUGCACUGCUGACGCCUGGUCUGGAAGCCACCUCCCACUCUCCCCACGAGAGACCGAAGUGACUCUUGCAUCUUCUGGAUUUCGCUGACAAGAUCACGUCGGCGCCCCUUCACCUCCCAUCCGUGCUAGCCCCCUUUUUUGAUCACCUCCUCUCCCAGUGGAUCCUCGACGGGGUCCUCAAAGAAGGCAGGUGAGGUCACAGUAGACGCUGAACUCUGCAAAAUUGUUGACUCCCCGAUGCCACCGACGGUGAAGUCUGGCUGUGAGCUCUCCCUGCAGCACGCCGCCCAGAGAACUCUGCACAACAUUCUGGAUCUAUACCACCGUACAACGUUCACCCAGAUCUGCAUCGAGCAAGGGGCUCGACCCACGCAUCCCACGAGGAGGGUCUGGGUAUUGUGCGUCGCGAUCACUAUGUCCAUGCCGAACAUCGGGUGUUGCAGCACGUCGUGGCAAAAGCUUCGGGAAGGCCCCACACAACCCUGCAGCUGCCACAUCUCCGCCGUGCGAGAUCUGUGGAGGCUCUGACCCCCCACGGAGUGCUCGAAUGAGAUUUUUGUUUGCAGCGUCGUGUUGGCGCUGUGGCCGAUCUGUGCAGGGCGUGGUGCACGUCUCCCCCCCAUCCACCUCGACUUUCGGGACCUCCCGACGCACGGGCAGCGUCCGAACGCCUGUCAGUGGCGGCCAGGGCUGGCAAGGUCGGCCCCGCUCGCGCCGGUCUUGCCUCGCUCCCCUCCUUUUCAACGGCAGCGGUGAGGGGGGAUCGGAUCAUGAAGGGGCCCUGGGGCACACAAAGAAGUACACACAAAUAGCCGGAUCCCCCAUAUUUCCGCAGAUGUUCUGCGGUUUAGUCUU